UACUCUUCAAGGGUUAAAGAAAGAGGGGGUCCAGUCCUAGAAAGGCACAUGGGAAAGGGGGGAGGAGAGCCAUUUCCUGUCCCUCCCCCUCGCAGGAGCCCCCUUUGUGUUUGCUGGGCUGCUGCUUGGAGGAAUCCGGGUCAACAGGGAAGAGGCGUGUAUACAAAUCUGAGUCUCGGACCUGCUCCACCAGUCCAGGAGGAAGAGCUGGCAGAACCCGGAGAUGCUGGAGUGGAUGGCAUAAAUUUUGGUACUUCUCACCUGCUUUUUCCGUGCCUGGAUUCAAGGUGGUGUCACUAAAGACUGCGGGCGCAGGAAUGCGUUUCCCCUCUAUGAAAAUCUCCCUGCAACAGAAAAGCAUAACAGACAAAGAAGAAGGCAGGAACUGUUUCCUUGAAAGGCUAGUUUUCUCAGUGCAGGGAGACAUUCAUUCCUAGCUGGCAUCUCCCACCUGCAGCCCUGCCUUAUUCCCAGCACAUGCAGGAGGCAUUGUGGGGCAAGCUGGAAGAUUUGGGAGGACGGAACAGUGCAGCAGUAGGCAUGGUCAGGGAUUCAUUCCACUCCAAGAAUGGGAGGAAAAUUGGGAGGAAGCAUUUCAAGGGGUGGUGGUGGAGGGAACUCCCCCUCCAUAGAGAAUGGCUGUCUGAGCAGAGAACAGCUUAGGGGCUCAACCUUCGUUUAUCCUUCAUUUAUCAAACCUAGCUUCUUACAUUCCCCCCCCCCCCCAGUCCAGUCUGGAUAGAGGUUCAUUCCAUGGGUUGGCAGAGAAAAUGUGUCUAGAAAAAUGGGGUUCCCAUCCUCUUUCUUCCUCUUCCUCUCCGGCAACAGCAGAAGGACACUCUGGAUGCUUUCUCCACCGUCUCUGUGUGGUGAAGGGACUACAGCCGCCACACAUCUAGGUCAGGGUUGCGUUUCUUUUGAGGAGGUGGCUGUGCAUUUCACCCAGGAGGAGUGGACCAUGCUGCGCCCCACCCAAAGAGCUCUGUACAAGGAGGUCAUGCUGGAGAAUUAUGGGAACGUGACCUCUCUGGGACCUCUGAUUUCCAAACCUGACCUCAUAUCCCGGCUGGAAGAGGAGGAAGACCGUUUUCUCCUCAUCUCUGAUGAUGAUGAGGAACUGGCAGAUCAGGCAACAGACGCCCUACCUGUCUCGCCACGACCUCGCUACAGUGAUCCAUGCAAUGGUCACCUCCAGAUUGGAUUACUGCAACUCCCUCUACGCAGGGCUGCCCUUGGGUCUGAUCCAGAAAUUGCAGCUGGUCCAGAAUGCCCCUGCACAAGUCCUCACGGGAACACCACGGAGGGUACAUAUUGGACCUGUGCUCCAUCAGCUGCAUUGGCUCCAGCCGAAGACGUGUGGGAGUCAGCAGAUGAACCCUCCGAGCGUCUUGUGAUGGGGCAAGAGGCUACAUAUUCAGAUGCAAAAGAACAACUUGAAUAUUGCGACACAAUGAGGAAAAAGAAUAGAAAGCAUCCAUAUAAAGCCAUGGCUCCCACCCGGAAGGGCACUUUCUGGCAGCGUGAGGAAGUGGACAGAAUGCUGCACUUUGUGGAGAGAAGGGGGUACGCGGGGCGGCUGAUGGCGAGCACGCACCUCGAAAACAAGAGUGUGUACGUGGAGAUAGCCAGAAACCUGCAGGAUGGCGGAUACGAGCGCACUCUUGAGCAGUGCAGGACAAAAUUUAAGAAACUGAAGUCUGUUUUUAUGGACGCAAUGGAGUCCUGGCAGGGCAUCCCACCAAAGACCAGGAGGCCUCCACACUUUGCACAACUUCUCCGCCUGUGGGAGGCUGCAGGACGCCCACGAUGGGAGGACCGCAGGCCUGAAGCCACCGUUGUGAGGUUGGAAGCGAUGUCCCGGGAAGAUCAAGGGCAUGAACCAGAGGCGGAGGAGGAGGAGGCCGAAGGCCAUGAGGAUAUAGUGGAAGUGCAGCUGGAGGAAGUGCAGCUGGAGGGCAGCGGCAAUUCUUAUUCAGCUGGGCCUUCUGGACAGCAGCCCCCACCAACUGUCACCCAGAUCGAGAGGCUGGAGGCCAUGCAGCGAGCCAUCGAGUUGCUGGAGGCACGGUGCCUCUCAACAAUGAGCACCAUGAUGCGGCGCCUCCAAAGAGUGGAGCGUGAACUGCAGCAGAGGAGAAGAUAGGCCUCAAAACAGGGUGUGGAGCAGGCAUCUUACAUAUCUGUAUAUAGGUUUUUUUGUCCAUAUAGUUUUUGUUCUUUGUCUUGGGUGGAUGUAGGGUGGGGGAGUUAGGGGUACUGUUAUGUUGUUAUGCUGUUUGUUUGUAAAUAAAAAAGUUAAACAACCACCUGCC